GCACAGCCCUCCUUCCAAUUGCUGGAGAGAGAGGGGGAGUGAGAAAGAGAGAGAGUUUAAGGCAAGCACUGCACUGGUGUUCGGGGCUAUUUCAACUUCAGGGCAACUUUAGAGAACUUCAGUUAUUUUUGGUUCCGGACGACAGCUGAGACCAUCCGAGCCUCCGGGAGAUGCUGAUGUGGAUGCGGAUGCAGAGGAUGAAGAUUCUGUUAAUGAAGUGGCAGUAGAAGACAUUCGUCCAAGGCCACAAGGAUCCUCUCCAGUUUAUGAAUAUUCCAUAGAGGAAGAAUAUUUAAAGCUUCAAGAAGAAAAUAAAAAACAUUCUACAGAUAAAUCAAAACAGAGUCACCCACAGGAGACAAUGGAAGUGACCCUGAAAACAGAAGUGGAAGCUGGUGCUAGUGGUUUUAGUGUGACAGGUGGAGGAAAUGAAGGAAUAUUUAUUAAAAAAGUACUUAAGGAAUCUCCUGCUUCAAAAAUAUUUAGUCUGAGAGAAGGUGAUCAGCUUCUAAGUGCUACAAUAUUUUUUGAUAAUAUCAAAUAUGAAGAUGCACUCAAGAUUCUCCAAUAUUCCGAGCCGUACAGAGUCCAAUUCAGCCUCAAAAGAAAAAUUGCUGGGAAGGAAGAGCUAGAACACAUGCACUCUACAGCCCAGUACAAAAAGGAAAGAUUAAGCCAGGAAAAAGAACUCAGUGAGAGCAUUCCCGAAGAAACACUGCAUGUUUCAGGAAAAGCCAUUUCUGAAGAAGACAGGGAAACAUUAAUUGUAAGCCAAAGGGUUGGAAGAAGCAAGAGACCUAAAAAAGACAGAUUAUCAUGGCCAAAAUUCCAGACAAUUAAAAAUAAAAAGAUACUGGGACACAGAAGAUCUCACAGUACGUCAGAUGCGUAUGAGCCUGCUAUACAGGAUAUUUCCCCCACAAGCACAGACACAGAGUCUCAAUUUCAACAAGAAGUCCAUAUCAAAGAAAAAAAAGGAAGCCAAAAGAAACUGAAGUUCCCUAGCAUUGGAUUCAAAAUGCACAGAUCCAAAGCAGAAGCACAAGACAAGCAAAAAAAAGAAGUAAAAACGACACUGUUAUCUGAAAGAGAAAAAAUACAUAAAGAAGACAUCAGCCUGGAAAAUCCUGAAAUACUAAAUGUUGAAUAUACCACAUCUCCUGCUUAUGAAAUAAAAAAAGGGGAGGUAUGUGAAACUUUAACAAAAGACUUAAAAGAUAUGAAAAAUGGCAUUCCAUCUCAUUCAAAAAAAUGCCCUGAAGUUGAAAUCAGCAUUAGAAAAGAUCAAGACAAGGACUCAACAUCAAAAUUUACCGUACCUGAAAUACCAGCUAUAACAACAAAGAUAUCAAAGCCUGGUUUAGAAACACCUGAUCUGAAAGAAAGUCCAACUAAACAAUCACCACAAGCAUUAUCAAAAUCCCGAAAAAAGAAACAGAAAGCAACAAGAGAUAAAACAGAAGGAGAAAGUGGAAUUAACAUAGACAUGAUGGAAAACACUGCACAAGGAUCUAUACAGGUAAAAGGUCUCGAAAUAGGGACUGCUAAAGCAGAAUUACGCACAACAACUGACACAUUGGAAACAGGACAAAAAAAAGCAGAAGACACACACAUACUGACAAUACAGGAAACAAAAUUUGGGGUUUCAAAGCCUAAAAGCAAAGAGUCAAAGAUUGAAAACACAAAACUGGGAAGCAAUAUUCCACAUUCAGUACCAGAAACAACAGCUGACAUAAGUUCAGAGGACAACAGGAUUUUGGAUGUGAAACCUCAUGUGUCUGAGGCAGAAUCAGAAGUAUCUACUUGGAAAAUACAAAUGCCAUCAUUCAAAAUGGCAAAAACACCUAAAGCUAACAAGAAAAUGUCAACAGAAGAAAGCGCAGAUGAAACCACAGAUGCUGUAAAAAAGGCACAGAAAGAUGAAGAUGGCAUGCCCACAAGUGCUAAAUCCUUGAAAAUGGACAUUGGCAUGAAGACAGAAGGAAAAGAUAUAGAGGAAAAAGAAAGCAAAUUCAGACUGCCAAAGUUUAAAUUACCUACAUUUACCUGGGUAACUGCAAAAGAUGAGACAGGGCAAACGGAAAGUGAGAUAAGUGAGAGGGAAAGAAAACAGACAUCAAGACAAGGUGCAAAAAUAGAGUUGA